ACGCAAUUUCAUCACUAUUACUAACUAUACAUCAAUUGAUACUGAUAAAUGAUAAUAAGUCAGUAGCAUAGUUACACACUCUUCACUCACAACAAUAUGGACAUGGAUUCCACAGGUGGUUCUUCUUGUUGGCUUUAUGAUUAUGGCUAUGAUAUUUCUGUUGCUGCAGCUGAUUUCAUGGCUUCUGAUCACUCUGCCGCUUCUGUUUUCACUUGGAAUAUUCCUCAGUCUCAGUCUCAACCUCAGACUCAUAUCAUCAAGCCUCCUUCAUCCAAUAUCAGCUUGGAAAUGGAAUACUCACUGGACUCAACUGUACUGGAAAGUGGUCCUUCAAAUAAGCGCUUGGAAAUGGAAUACUCACUGGAUUCAACUGUACUGGAAAAUGGCCCUUCAAAGCGGUUAAGGACAGAAUCAUAUGCAUCUGGCUCCAAGGCAUGUCGCGAGAAAUUGCGCAGGGAUAAACUGAAUGACAAGUUUAUGGAAUUGAGUUCUGUCUUAGAGCCUGAUACACUGCUGCCCAAAACAGACAAAGUUACCUUAUUAAAUGAUGCGGUUCGUGUGGUUACACAAUUAAGAAAUGAAGCUGAGAGGCUGAAGGAAAGGAAUGAUGAAUUGCGCGAAAAAGUUAAAGAACUUAAGGCUGAGAAGAAUGAGCUUCGCGAUGAGAAAAAUAAGCUGAAGCUAGACAAAGAAAAGUUGGAACAGCAAGUGAAAUUAACAAGUGUACAUUCCAGCUUCCUCUCUAAUGCCAUGGCUGUUAAAGGACAAACUGCUAGUGCUAACCACAAGCUGAUGCCUUUCAUUGGUUAUCCUGGAAUUUCAAUGUGGCAGUUUAUGUCACCUGCUACAGUUGAUACAUCACAGGAUCAUCUGCUUCGACCUCCCGUUGCUUAAAGUGGUUAGCAGCAGCAUCCACUUCUUUAUUGUACAAAAAUGUUAUUCUAACAUCAAUUUGUGACACAAAAAUUCGACAACUUUUUAAAUGGUACAGUUCACACACGUGGUUAAUGAAGUGUUAGAUUUAGUUAAUAGAUAUAUCAGGUGUCGCAACUCGUGAACCAUUCAUUGAACUUCAUUAAUCAUGAUGUUGAAUGUGAUUAACCAUGUGUGUGAACUAUGUUGACCCUCUAAAAAGUUGACGAAUUUAUGUGUCGCGAAUUGUUGUUCAAAUGACAUUAGUGGUUAUUGUAUGUGUGCUUUUCUUUGUCCCUAUUGUUUGUUUUUUAAAUUCACAAGACUUAAAGUGUGCUUGGAACUGAUUGAUAUGAUAAAUUUGUGCUGCUACAAUACAAUCUUAAACUAAAUUCAGAAAAUGCUUUAUGUGA